AUGACCGAUGACUAUGCAGUUUCUUUCGCUGCUGAUAGAGAGAGAGAGCAAGCCACAAAUCACAGAACAGAGCAGCUCAACCCGGAUGCAGAGAGUGAGAGCUUAUUGGCUAUGCUAACAGAACAGCAUCCUUCAGAGAAAGAUGCAUUUGGCCAGCAGUGA